AGUUUUGUUGUCGUGCCAUGCGUCUAAAUUUUAGGUGUUGAAUUACGUUUUUUGAUGUAAUCUUAACGAUUUAAAAGCAGUCCCGAUACACAACUUCCUAGAACACUUAAAACUCAAAAGAAAAAUAUGACAGAGUUAAAUGUCAACGGCAAUGAAGAAAAAGACAGUGAAAAGCAGGCUGUCUCAGAUAAGGACCUGCCUUUGAGUUUUAUGCAAGACAGGCACUUGGAGCCCAUCGAAGGCGUUGAAUGUAUAACCCAGACAUGGCGGAUGAAAGAACGAAUGAAAACAGUGAGUGUGGCUCUAGUUUUGUGUUUGAACGUAGGUGUGGACCCUCCCGACGUAAUGAAAACUCAACCUUGUGCGCGUUUAGAGUGCUGGAUAGAUCCCUUAACCUUGUCUGCGCCAAAGUCAAUCCAAAAAAUCGGCGAAAAUCUGCAAGCGCAGUAUGAGAGAUGGCAGCCUCGGGCACGCUAUAAACAAUCCCUAGAUCCCACUUCAGAAGAAGUAAAAAAACUAUGCACAUCACUGCGUAGAAAUGCCAAAGAGGAACGCGUUCUGUUCCACUACAACGGUCAUGGAGUUCCUAAACCGACGGAAAACGGUGAAAUCUGGGUGUUCAAUCGAACUUACACGCAAUACAUCCCCCUGUCCAUUUACGACUUACAAACCUGGAUGGGGGCCCCCUCGAUCUACGUUUACGACUGCUCGAACGCAGGUAUUAUAAUCGAAUCAUUUGAGCGUUUUGCCGCCCAACACGAAGCCGAAUAUGAGCAAGCGACGAGUCAGUCUCGCCAAAAUCCAGUGGUGCCACCUUUGCCUUCAUAUAAAAGUUGUAUACAGUUGGCGGCAUGUGGGGCGAAGGAAGUUUUACCGAUGAAUCCGGAUUUACCGGCCGAUUUGUUCACGUCUUGCCUUACAACGCCAAUCAAGGUCGCCUUACGAUGGUUCGUUCUACAGUCUACCUCAAAACUAGUGCCCAAAGUCACUCUAGAUUUGAUUGAUAAAAUUCCAGGUCAAAUAACUGACCGUCGCACAAUGCUUGGUGAACUUAAUUGGAUUUUUACAGCAAUUACAGACACCAUUGCCUGGAAUACGUUGCAAAGAGAUCUUUUUCAAAAGCUUUUCCGUCAAGAUCUCCUCGUGGCCUCCCUUUUCCGCAACUUCCUCCUCGCUGAACGCAUCCUCAAAUCGUGCGAUUGCACUCCUGUUAGUUCCCCACCAUUACCACCAACCUCCCAACACCCCAUGUGGAACGCUUGGGACUUAGCCCUAGAUUUGAGCCUUGGCCAACUUCCUGGAAUCAUCAACAGAAACGAACCGUUCCAAAACUUACCUUUCUUUGAAGAACAAUUGACAGCGUUCCAAGUAUGGUUAGAACUCGGGUGCGAAGAACGGAGUCCCCCCGAACAAUUGCCAAUCGUUUUACAAGUCUUACUUAGUCAAGUCCAUCGGAUGCGAGCACUAGAACUGUUAGGAAGGUUUCUCGACUUGGGACCUUGGGCUGUCAAUUUGGCCCUGUCAGUCGGGAUUUUUCCCUACGUUCUUAAAUUGUUACAGAGCAGUGCUAAGGAGUUGAGGCCUUUGCUGGUUUUUAUCUGGGCUAAAAUCUUAGCAGUCGAUAAUACGUGUCAAGGCGAUUUGGUGAGAGAUAGUGGCCAUAAAUAUUUUUUGUCAGUACUUCAAGAUACUUCACUUUCGUCGGAAUAUCGGACACAGUCGGCUUUUGUUUUGGCGUCAAUUGUUAAUAAUUUCCAUGAUGGUCAAGAAGCAGCCUUGAAAGGUUCUUUAGUUAGUAUCUGUCUCGAACAAUUGAACGAUCCGAGUCCCCAAUUGAGACAAUGGGUCGCCAUCUGUUUAGGUAAAUUAUGGGAUCAUUACGAAAAUGCCCGCUGGACCGGCGUUAGAGAUAUUGCUCAUGAAAAACUCUACAAGCUUCUCAACGACCCAAGCCCGGAAGUUCGAGCUGCAGCUGUUUACGCUUUAGGUACUUUUAUAAAUUCGGUGACCGAACGAUCAGAACAUGCCAACAAUAUCGACCAUGCAAUAGUUAUGACAUUAGUUAAGAAAGUCAGUAAUGAUAUGAGUCAUCUAGUCCGUAAAGAAUUAGUUAAUGCACUUCAGUGGGUCGUUUUAGCUUUCGAACAUGUGUUUAUAACUUUGUCAAUGAAGGAGAUUCUAAGUCAUUAUCCUUUGCAAGAAGUCAACGUGACUUCGCCUAGUUUGAGACGAAUCGGUAGUAGGGAUAGGUUACGAACUUCCGAGGAUAGCGUAGAUAAAAUGAAAAGAGUCUCCUCCAGCUCUUCUAUAAACAACAUGGGACAAAUGAAAGGUUCCCUGAGCCACACCGGGAGUCUUGGCACAUUACCGGGACUCGGUUAUGGUUCAAUUUAUAUGAAAAUAUGGGACGCUUUGUGUUCACUUGAGACCGACCCGCAUCCCGAAGUCGAAUCAAUGUGCAAGACUAUAACAAAGUAUAUUUCAAACAAAGUGAAAGAUUCGCGCGAUUUUGUUGAUAAUAAAUGUGCGAGUUUGCCCCCGAGUCCCAAUCGGGGUAACUACUUAUCAGGCGAAAGCCCCCCGACUCUCCACCCCGCACCCGACAUCCCGAAAUACACUCCCAGAGGGCGCAAAAUUCACCCCAAUAUCAUUAACGAAGAACCUGACAUAAAAAUCAAGCAACGGCAAGCUUUAGUUAGUACGAAAUUUAUCGAAUGGUCGUGUAAGCGUUUCGCACAAUCGAAGCGAAAGAGUGGUUUCGAUAUCGAAUCGCCGCAAUAUUACGAACGUGAUUGGAGGUAUACCAGGAAUAAUAAUAUAAGAAGAGAAGCUUUGGAUGAGACUUCGCGUAUCCUCACAUCGAAAUUAGAGUCUCAGAUGUUCAAUACAAGAACCUCUCUCCCUCCCAGUGUUCUCCAGUUUCACCCCUUUGACCAACAAAUCGCCGUAGCCGGGAAGGAUCAUUUCGGGAUUUGGGAUUGGGGGACUGGUGCUAAGACGACAGUGUGUCAUAAUAAAUCAGCAAAGUCUGGCUCGAGUCGCAUCACUUCGUUGGAGUGGAUCAAUGCCCAUGAUGUGGCAAUGUUGAUGGUGGCUUCGGAUGAUGGAAGCGUUAAAGUUUGGAAGCCGAAUACGGGUCAUAGUAGAGAGCCGACUUUGGUUAGUGCAUGGCAAGCUUUAAGUGAUUUGAAAUGGAAAUAUUCGGGAACGUUGUUGUCGUGGGAGCAGUACACGCAGACUUGCAUUGCGGCGGGGGACUCGAGGAUUAUCCGAUUUUGGGAUGUAGAGAAGGAGUUGUAUGCCUAUGAUAUUAUGACAGGGGCGGACUGCUCAGUCACGUGUAUUGACUCGACAUUUUCCGGCGUUUCGCACGAAAAUUACAGUAAGGCUUAUCUGGAGCGCGAAAAGGACGACGAAGGGAUUAGUGUCGACGAUGAUGAUUUCAAAUGGACUCGAUACGGAAUGGUGGUGGCCGGCUACCAAGACGGUUCAAUCCGCGUCUUUGACCGGCGUUGCAGUCCCACAGAAGCCCGAAUUGCCGUCUUUAUGGAACAUUCCGGUCCUGUUUUAGGCGUUCAUUUACUCGGUAACACGUUUUAUAGUGGAAGUACCGACGGCCAUGUCCGAGUGUUCGACAUACGCAACCACAGAGUGGUGCACACGACCCAAGCCAUCCAGAAUAACAUGUCCUGUUUUGCGUUGCAUCGCGGAACUGCGACUUAUGCCUGCGGGUCUAUGAAUCAAAAUGUGAGUAUUUACGGGUUCAACGGGUGCUUCUUGAAUACGAUCAAGUUCUACGAGGGUUUCAUGGGUCAUCGUACGGGUAAUGUCACGUGUUUGAACUACCAUCCGUUGAAGGUGGCGCUGGCGACCGGCACAUCCGACUGUUCGGUGAGCGUUUACUGUUUGGAAGGUAAAAGGUGACGCGAUUCACAGCCCUAGAGCUCGGUUUGGAGCUUUUUGGGCUAUUACUACUAGCGGAAAUUUUUUUGCUUUCGCUUCGGUUUUAUUGUAAAUAUUUACGUUGAAUAACUUGAAAUUUUAUCGUGUAUAUAUUUUAUUUGAAGAAAAACGCUUUAUUGUAGCUAUUAACCGAGUAAUAGUACAGUACAGGGAAUUUUGUUGUUAGUUUUUUAAGACUGAGAUUGUUAUUUUAACGAAUUUGACUUGUCUUAUUUUUUCAAUGUUAGAGCGGGGAUUAGGCCUACAGAGUAGGGUGAUUUAUACGUAGCAUUGCCAGUCUGAGAUGUGACCAGUUGUUAAGUAAUUUUAAGCAAACGAUUCGAUUUUUUUUAUUAUUGUGAUAAAUACAAUGCAGCAUAGAGAGAGAAUGUUCGUCGUUAUAUUGUACUCAAGUUUAAUCUUUAAUUCUUUUAGAGUGAAUCUUUUUUUAAUCAAAUGGACCUUCCAAUCCGAUUUUGAUUUAUCUAAACUCUCGAUUAUCUAAUUAUUUUAUAAAUACACUCGCCUUGGCACAACAUUUGCACAAAAAUCGUGAGUUAACUCCGUUAAAUCUAAUCAGAUUGUUGAAGAUUCUUUUUUUUUUUUUGUAUAAAAACGUUUUAUUGUGGCAUAAGUCUUUUAAUUUACAAUUAUAAAAUAAAUAUUAUAUCACGA